AUGGACCUAAUUCGAGAAGCGAUUGCAGAAAUCGAAUCGCGAGAACUAGGAGAUAAAUUCUUGUAUCAAGCAAUCGCGAAAAAGCAUGGUGUAGCACGAAUGACGUUGAUGAGACGACACCGCGGCGAAACUGAGGCCUAUGGCGUGCGCAACCUCUCCCUCCAUCCACAACACGAGAAGGAGCUUGAUAACAAGAUACAACAACAACAACAAGCCAAGCUUGAAAAGCUUCAAAAAGCCGAGCAAGCCGAGAUCAAGAAGGCAGCUCGCGAUUGCCAGCUUCAACUUCAAAAAGCAGCCCGUGUUGAGCGGGAGAAGGGUUGGGAGGAGACCAGAAAGCGGAAGGCUGCAGAGAAAGCCAAAAGAGAGCAUCGUAGAAGCCUCCGCGACGCUGCCAAAGCUAUACAAUUGCCCCAAUCAGCUCGCAAUUUUGAUAUCACGUGCUGUGAUAUUCAAGACGCUGUCAUAGGUAUUUGCAAAGCCCUCGACCUAAUUGUCAUAUUGACGGUAGCAACAGCAAGGAACAUAUUGCUCUUUUCGCUUAUUCUCGCGGACACUGAUGGCAACCGCCAGAGAAUAAUUUGGGAUAUCUACUACCAUUUCUACUUGGACGAAUCCUCCCUAAAGGUCCUGACGGAUCAGGCAAAGGAAUUAGUUUCUCUGUCAAACUCGUUGGACGCAUGGCAUGGAACAAAAUAUGGCAGCAUACUGAGGUUUUGUGAUCUCUCAACGUUCACCCGAGUGAGAGCCUUAUGGAAGUCAUAUUGCACGCAAGACUCGAAUGAGAACACAAGAGUUGUAUUCAAUCAUAUUCUCGAAUCGAAUAUCCAGCGCGCUAAGGAGGUGAAGGCAUACUAUGUUGGGGGCGAAAAUGCAUACGUGACUACAGGAAUACGUUCUGCAGCCCCAGUCGGUAUCGCAUACGCGGAGAACGCCCACGUGUUGUAUCAACACUAUUGGAAGUAUGGGAGCACAAGUCAAGAUGCUGAGGUCUUGGCAAAAACGAAUCUUCCAAACCCUCUGUUUGCUUUCCAUACCAUUGGGGCGCCUACGCUCCAUUAUGGAACGGAUCCGCUUCUGGGCUUCCAUCUUGCGACGGCAUUUGCACCAGUAAAAUAUACCGCUUCAACUGGAUCCUUAGCAAGGUCGGUUCCCCUUCGCGUCACAGAGGCAGCACAUCUUCAGUUUCGAACAUGGUGUCACGCAUUUCGGUUGUCUUCUCAGAUGAACUUAACCAUUCGGUUCUUUGCGGGAGAUGCGAUCGCUUUCGCACAUGCACUGCAUCAUCUCGAGUUAUCUGGGCAUGAUUGGUCAGGAAAUGUCUAUCGAGAUGUCCACCAUUUGAGUCCGAUCGAGCUCGACAAAAAGGAGUACAGCACCACACAUGGAGCACCCUUCGCAUUCAACGUUGUGGACACUUCCAACCUCGUCGAUCAUGUGGGAUCUCUCAACCUACUCUCAGCAGUAUCACCCUUGCUGAAAAAAGACACAUCUUCUACUCUGUAUACCGAGUCAUUGGUGAGGAGAGAAAAGGAUCAUCAAGCAUACGUUGACUCCAUACUUUGUGGAGAUUUUGCCACCAUGUCACUGUUGCUUGAUCUCUUCCCAGUCGAGUAUUGGACCAACGCGUCUAGUUCAUCUACAGCCGACGAUGUCACACUCGAACAGGUAUUUCGCGCGACCGAUAGUAGCAACCGUAGGCAAAUGCGCGUUAAGUUAACGUGGAAGCGCCUCAUUUCGCUUCCAGCUGCGAACUCGGGGAUGAUAGAACCGAGACUACGAUUCAACGAAGCCGAUUUGGCCCACAUCCUUCACAAUGUCUACCGAAAUAUGUUCCAGCACGAGAACGCACUGUCACUGUUCAAAGACCUCGACAUGCUCAAGAUUGAAAGAACCUCCACAUUGCACUACCAUCGUGGUAGUUUUGCUGUGUUUCUCCAUCGGCUUAGAAAUCGAGUUGCUGUGAAUUGGCAUGAUUUGAUGAACCGUAUCAUCGGACUGAUUGAAAACGAUUCUACAAUCACAAUGGGGAGGAAUUAUAUCCAAGAGCUCUAUCUCUACCUCCAUACCCUGAAUGUCUACUCUGCACAGAUAUUUACUCAAUCGGAUAAUGUGGUGACUCUGGCUAGAGAUGGAAUCGGCGGAUGGAAGGACCUUCCGAAAACAGUUUGCAUAACCCUAAAAGUGCCAAGAAACAAGCUGAGCGCUCUGACUGGUCUUGAUCCAACAGAUGUCGGUACUCCAAUCGGCCACUGUAUCGUGCAGUCAUCUUUGAGUUCGAUAGUCGGGCGCUGGCAAAAUAUCUUCUCUGGAAUCCAACUUGCGUUUGGUAUCAUCUCGACCGUUGGCGAGAUUCAUAGCAACGAAUAUGCAAUUCAGGUCUCUGAGGACGAUUUGAGGUGGCAGGACCUGUACUAA